AUGGCUAAUUCGGCUGGAAGCCGGAUAUGCAAAGGUUUCGUGUUAUUUUUAUUAAGGCUGGUGAGCUUUUUGGAUGUGGCGAGAGGGCAGAUCCGCUAUUCGAUUCCCGAGGAGUUGAAACACGGCGCUUUCGUUGGGAAUAUCGCCGACGACCUGGGAUUAAACGUGGCCGAACUGUCCGCCCGCAGGUUCCGGAUAGUAUCCAGCGCCCGCAAGCAAUAUUUGGAGGUAAAUUUGGAGAAUGGGAUAUUGUUUGUGAAUGAAAAGAUUGACAGAGAACAACUGUGCGGACUGAAACCCACCUGUUUCCUUAACCUUGAAGUUGUGAUUGAAAACCCUUUGGAACUCUACCAGGCUGAAAUCGAGAUCCUAGACGUGAACGACAAUGCUCCCAGUUUCCCCAACAGUCAGGUCAAGUUGGAGAUCACUGAGUCGGCGGCUCCGGGAGCUCGCUUCCCCUUGGAAAGCGCGCACGAUCCGGACGUUGGCACCAAUUCGCUCCGAACCUACCGGCUCAGCCCCAACGAACACUUCGUCCUGGAGGUGCAGACCCGGAGUGAGCGCAGCAAGUUCCCGGAGCUGAUCCUGGAGAAGCCCCUGGACCGGGAGCAACAAGCCCUUCACCGGCUGCUGCUGACCGCCGUGGACGGAGGGAUCCCGGAGAAAUCCGGGACCGUUCGCAUCACCGUCAACGUGCUGGACGCCAACGACAACCUCCCGGUCUUCGAGCAGGCUGUCUACACGGUGAGGUUGCCGGAAAACGUGCCCAGGGGGACUUUGGUCAUCCAACUGAAUGCCACGGAUUUGGAUGAAGGCACCAAUGGCCGAAUAGUUUACUCGUUCGGUAACCACGCGCACGAGACGGUACGGGAGUUGUUCUCGGUGGAUCCGCAAACGGGACAGGUCAGAGUGAAAGGGGUGUUGGACUACGAGGGAAGUCCGGUCCAUGAGAUCUUUGUCCAGGCCAAGGACAUGGGGCCGAAUGCGGUGGCUGCCCAUUGCAAUGUGAUUGUGGAGGUCCAGGAUGGGAACGACAACUCCCCGGAGAUAAUCCUCACCUCCCUGUCCAGCCCGGUUCCCGAGGACGCUUCCCCGGGCACGGUUAUCGCUUUGAUCAGCGUGACGGACCGGGACACCGGGGCUAACGGCAGGGUCAGCUGCCGCCUCACCGGGAGCCUCCCGUUCAAGCUGCUGCCGUCCUUUAAGAAGUAUUACACCCUGGUCACCGAGCGGCGGCUGGACCGCGAGGAGGUGCCAGAGUACAACAUCACGGUGACGGCCAGUGACAGCGGCUCCCCCCCGCUCUCCAGCAACCGGACCAUCAGGGUCAGGGUGUCGGAUGUGAACGACAACCCGCCCCGUUUCACCCGACCUUCCUACACGGUUUAUGUGACGGAAAAUAACGCCCCGGGCGCCUCGAUUUGCUCGGUAAAGGCGGAGGAUCCCGAUUUAAACCAGAAUUCCUAUCUGUUCUACUCGAUUCUGGAGGAAGAGAUCCAGGGAAUGUCCAUCUCCACCUACGUGUCCAUAAACUCCGACAACGGCAACGUCUACGCUCUCCGCUCCUUCGACUACGAGCAACUCAAAGAAUUCCAGAUCCAAAUUCAGGCGCAGGACACCGGCUUUACGCCUCUCAGCAGCAACACGACCGUCCACGUCUUCAUCCUGGACCAGAACGACAACGGGCCGGUCAUCGUGUCGCCGUUACCACGGAAUGGUUCGGUGGCAGCAGAGACGGUGCCCCGCUCGGCCGAGGUCGGGGACCUGGCGGUCAAGGUGACGGCGGUGGACGCGGACGAGGGGCAGAACGCGAGGCUCUCCUACCGGCUCCUCCGGGCAACCGACCGGGGGCUCUUCAACCUGGAGAUCCACACGGGGGAGAUCCGGAUGGCCCGGCGCUUCAGCGUCAAGGACUCCCCCCAGCAGACCCUGAUUGUCCAGGCCAAGGACAGCGGUGUGCCCCCGCUCUCCUCCACCGUCACCAUCCUGUUAACUGCGGGAAACAGCGUCCCGGACCCGCAACCGGACUUCACCAGAGAAACCGAGCUCAACUCGGAUUUAACCUUCUACCUGAUCAUUUCCCUGGGCUCCAUCUCCUUCCUAUUCCUCGUGGCCAUCGUGGUCCUCGCUCUCAUCAGGUGCCACAGGGACAGGAUCCAUGCUUACGGCUGCCCGCGGUUCUCUUCCUGCUGCUCCGCAACUUGCUUAACUCGCAGGAGGAACUCGGCCGAGAUCUUCAAAAAGCCCGACGUGAACCUCCAGCUGGCAGCCGGUGCCAAGGCGGCAGCCAACGGCGCCGAGCUGGGCGGCUGCCGCCUCCCCUCCCAGGCUUACCGUUACAGGGUGUGCCUGACCCCGGAAUCGGCCAAGAGUGACUUCAUGUUCCUGAAGCCCUGCGGGCCGGCCACGCCGCCCAGUAACAAUCAUGUCGCGGCUGCGAUGUCCGAGUGGCCGGAUGGAGUGGGCUGGCGGUCAGCGCUGAGACCAAGGCACCGGGUGAGGUUAAACAACAAAACACUGACUACCCGCCUUUCCAAAGAAAUGUUGGCCUCAGAAACCAAUCGGUUAACCCCAUCGCCAGGAGUUGAUGGUCAUGGAUGGACACCGAGGUAUGGGCCUCAGUACCCUUACCCCGAGCAGCCCACUGGAUACAAGCUGAAUGUCUACAUACCCGGCAGUGCCCCAUUGAAGUCCAGCAAACUGACGUCAGCCAGUGACAUGGACCAGAACAGCACCUUCUCAACCUUUGGAAAAAAAACAAAACUGACUUCAUCACUCAAUAUCGAAAGGGAUAGAACUUUGAGUUAA